AUGCCACUGACUUCUCGUCUCCGUUUCUCUAGGUGGGACAGCUCAGAUCCGGAACGUGCCCCUCCUCCGCUGCCUCUGAACCCCGGCUCUCCCCUGCUCACUCGCCCAAACACCUCUGCUACCAUCGCAAAUGCUGCAAAGGCUCUUGAGGAGAAGGCCCGUGAAAAUGCGCCCAACUACACCACGAAUCCCAUGCCGGAGAGGUCACUCAUCAAGGGUGCUGCCCACAAGCGGAUACAGUCUUUCCAGGACGCAAAUCUUCGUGACUUCAGAAGCAUACUCAGCCCGAACCGCUCGCCAGAAAAGUCGCCGGAAAGGCCUGGAAGCAGGCAUGGCACGUCGUCUGCCGUCCCCGAACCCUUGAACUCUCCUCCUGCAUCCCCGGAGAAGACUCGUUCCAGCACACCUACGCCCGCUCAACGCGAACUCAUGCGAGACACGCCGCCUUUGCGAACAGGAAGCAGACCACCCCACCACAAGGCCAUCCUGGGUGAAAACACGCCGCCCUCAGCCACCUACAUGGCUCUUCAGUCGAUGCCUCUACGAGACUUCGAGUCCCCUCUGCACGAUGCCGCAAACGGUGCCAUGCCUCGCGCGAGGCCGCAAGAUGCGGAUGGCCUCUCUAACCAAAUCAGAGAGAUUGCCACCAUAGCCACUAACUUGCAGCGCGAGAUGGCACAGUUGAGCCGGCGCAGCAAGGACAACGCGACGGACCUCAUCAGCUUGAAGGAAGCAACCAAUGCCCGUGACGAGGACAUCAGAAAGAGCCUGAAGGAGCUUGUCAGCAACAUAAAUGGCCCUGCCAUGUUCGCUCCCCCUCCGCCCAUCGGAUUGCACACAAGAUCGAACAGCUUCGGCGGUAUGAGUGGUGUGCCUGGCACUCCUGAUGCAUCGGACAAACACGGCUUCCGUCUUCCCCGCAUGGCUUCGUCUUUUAUGGAUGAUAGGAUAGGAAGCCCCAAUCCUUACUCCAUCGAGGGAGCUGCAAGCGUCGCAAUGCUCGAGAAAAUCGUGCGGGAAAUGGUUACCAAGGAGGGACAGGAGCGCCUGGUCAACACACUAAACGGCCUGUUCGAGAAGUCGAAUCAAGAAUCUAAUGAGACUUCCAAGAAGGUCGGCGAGCUGGUCGAGUUCAUCAAGCAGGGUUCGGAGAGCCGCGCGCUCGCGCUUAUGGAUGUACCUUCCGAGAGGUAUCGUGCAUCGAGCCCCGAGAGUCAGGUGACCAGGGCGACUCGAGACAUCAACGCGGCUCUUGGUCUUUCAAAUGAUGCAAACACAUCGAAGCCCUACUCCAGUCCAAAGGCAGCCGACUUCGUCAGUGCCGACAUGCUGAAGCUAUUGAAAAAGAUCAAGGACAGCGUGCAGGAAUCGGGUGGCAUCACAUCAGAAACGAAGGCUUUCGUGAGAGAUCUGAGAGGUGAGGUGCUUGGUAUGGGACGUGAGCUUGGCCGCAAGAUUGACGAGAUCACACCCAACGCCAGUGGUGCGCUGGCUCUGGAGAGCGGUGGCGAGAAGGAAGACGUUGCACGUAUAGUGCAGGAAGGUUUGGCCGAGCUCAAGGAGCACAUGGACUAUGCCUUGAGGUCAAGGAGGCGAGGCUCCGGCGCGUCCAUGGACUCCUCAGUCGACAACCAAGAGGUCUAUGCUGUCGUCAAGCACGCUCUUGCCGAGCAGGGUAUCAGCCAAGCUGCCCAACCGUCAGGUCCACAGCUCGAUAAGGAUGCUAUACUCGAAGCAGUCAAGGAGGCUUACGAAGCUUACAAGCCUGAGAUUGAACUCCAGCAAUUCGGUCUUGAGCGCGAUGAAAUUCUCGAAUGCCUUCGGGAAGGCCUCACUCAGUACCGCUCCUCCGCCCCAGCUCCGGAAUCGAUCAGCCGUGACGACAUGAUGGACGCUGUCAUGGAGGCUUUGACCCACGUUGAGUUCCCUCAACCCCCUAGCAACGCCCACGAGAUUCGCGAGGAAGUUCUUUCCGCUGUGCAUGAGUGCCUGGAUGAAAUCAGGCCGUCAAUGCAGGUUGCCGCACCCUCCAAUCACCUGGAUCCGGAAAUCACACGUGGUAUCAUCCUGGAGGCCGUCCGGGAUGGGUUUGAAACGCACGGGGGGGCUGCUGCGCGUGAACUCGAAAUCUCCCGAGAUGACUUGUUUGAUGCCGUUAAAGCGGGUCUCGACACUGCUCCUCGUGAGCUCGAGAUCUCCCGUGAAGACCUGUUUGAGGCUAUCAAGGCUGGCCUUCAAGAUACCAAGACCCCUCUUGGUGGCUAUGGCGAGCAAGUCAUGAACAGGUUGCAGGGUUUGGUUGAGGACAUGCGGACUGAAUUCAAGGCAUACUCCUCUGCCAAUGGACGCGACACUGAACAAGUCCUCGACGCUCUCAAGGAUGGCCUGGAAUCACUUCGUGCAGAGGUUGAGGCCUAUGUGGACCGCGCUCAGGAUGUCACCGGCAAAGACGAGAUCAUCGACUCACUCCGCGGUGGAUUGGACACUCUUCGCUCUGACGUACAGGGUUAUGUCGCUGCCGGUCCCCAGGGGGAUCAGGCCAUCAACCGCUCUGAAAUGCUGGACUACAUUCGAUCGGAGUUUGAGCAUCUUCACGAGACUUUGACGAGCCAGAUAGUGCCCACUGCAAACGGAGACAAGACCGAGCUUCUACAAACAUUGAACGAGGGAUUCGAUGGCCUCAAGACGUACAUGCAGAAGCGCGACGAAGAGGAUACUAUCAAGGAAGAGAUGGAGGAGGCCAUGAAGGUCGAAUUCGAUCAGCUUCGCGAAGCCGUUAUCCAUGGAAGCGCCUCCCACCGUGACGAAGUCCUCGAUACUAUCCAUGCCAGCCUUGAAAACCUCCACGUCAAGCUUGAAUCCCGGGACGAGGCAGCUGGAUCCGCUAACUCGAGCGAAGAGGUUAUCAAAUCGAUGAAGGAUGAGUUUGAGCACCUUCGGGAGAUUCUGGCAACAACUCUGGUCAAGUCGGGUGCAGCAGGGGACAAAGAUGACAUCAUUGACGCUGUCCGUGAGAACAUGGAUGCCCUUCGGGAUCAACUGAUGGUUGAUCAAAGCGAGUCGUCCAAGGAGAGCCUCGGGGCUAUCAAAGAAGAGCUCGAUCGUCUUCAGGAGACUCUAGGUGGUAGCCUGGUCAAGAGCGGUGGUGCUCCGGAGGAUAAGGAGGAGAUCCUCGAAGCUCUCCGUGUUGGCCUGGAAGGCGUCAAAGAGGCGCAAUCACAGAACGCUGGCCAUGGACUUGGCGAAGAAGCUCUCCAAGCACUUUGUGAGCAGCUUGAGAACCUUCGCAAGAGCCUCCUUGGCAAUGUUGCAUCUCGCGCCGACACAGAAGAAGUCCUGGAGACGGUGCGUUUGGGCUUGGACGACCUUUGCUCCGAUCUCUCCAAGAAGAUUGACAAUCCGGAGCGUCAAAUGGCCGCUACCGGAGAGAUUCUGGAUGCGAUCAACGAUGGCGUCGAAAGUCUGCGGACCGACAUCAAGACUGCCACUGGCGCUGGCGCAGCUAUUGACAUGUCCGUCAAUUACGAGAUCCUUGAGACUCUCAAGGAGGGCAUCCAGACCAUCACUACCGAGAUCACCCGCCUGAAAGGCGAUAAGCAGGCCACGGUCGAGGACGACAUUUCGGCCGUCGGCAACGAGGUCGUCCUGGCUGAUGAUCCCGAUAAGGCGCUCUCCCGUGACGUCCCUGCGGAGGCCGAGACGGAAAUGGGUCUCAAGCGCGAUGACUUGAAAGAGCUGGAGGUUUUGAUGACUCAACUUCAAAUCAAGAUUGAAGCAAUCGACUCCAACAUUCAGAAUAUCCCUGCCCCUGCCCCUGCCCCUCCUAAUGAGGCUGCUCCGGGUGUCGCCAUGAAGGAAGACUUUGAUGGCAUCGCUCAGAAGGAAGAUCUUGCUGGAAUCGCCCUUAAGGAGGACUUGAUCAACGUCGAGGAGCUCUUGAAGGAUGUCCAGGCUGCAAUCACCGUUCUUUCCGAGGACAAGCGCAGAGAUACAGAAAUCGUGGAAGGCUUGGCCCGGAAAGAGGAUACCGACGCCAUUGAGACCCUUCUCCAAAACGCCAAGGCUCAGCUCGACGAGAUGGUCCUCCCGGACCCUGAGACUUCGGUCAAGAAGGAGCAUUUGGAUGUUGUUGAAGCCGCAGUCUUGGUCACAAAUGAGGCCAUUGACAAGCUGGUCGCAAAAAUUGAUGGCGAGGAGGUUGCUUCGAAGGGUGAUGUCGCCGUUGUUGAGGUGCUCGUUCAGGAUUUGAAGACAGCGUUGGAUGAGCUCAAGAACACCAAGCCUUCUGAGGAAGAAGAGGCCAAGAAGGUCACCAGGGAGGAUACCGACGCUCUUGGAGUCCUGAUUACCGACAUAAAAGAAAAGCUUGCGACCCUCCCGGAGCCGGAGGCUGUUCCUUCGAAGGCCGACAUCGAGCAAGUGGUUGGCUUGAUCCAUGACUUCCGCGACAGCCACGACAAGAUGAAGGAAAGCUACGAAAGCGACAUUGGCGUCACCGCCAAGGCUUUCGACGACCGUAAGAACGAGGCUGACACCAUCAUCACCAAAGUUGGUGAAGUCAAGGAGUUCCUCGAUGCUGUCAAGGAAGAGAUCAAGGCCAAGCUCCAGGAGGGCGGUGAGGGUGUCGAAAGUGUUAAGGAGACCCUCAAGACCCUCGAGGAGACUAUCAGUAACAACUUCAACAUCACCGCCGACGUCAAGGAAUUGAUGGAGACCGUCAACCGCGAGUUCGAGCGCACGACUGGUUCUAUUGAGGGCCUCAAGACUGAUGCGGAAGAGAAGGCUACGGCCGCCAACGAGAAACAUGAUGCAGUCAAGGAUGCUGUCAUCGCUGGCUUGGUCGAGAAGCUCGACGAGAAGUUCACCGAGAUGACUUCCAAGUAUGACGACCUGCUUUUGCUCGCGGAAGCGUCGGCUCAGAAGAUGGACGAGAAAACAACCGCCCAAGAGGAACUCAUGACCGGCACCAAGACCAUUUCGGAAGAGCUCAAGGUUACGAUAGACACCCUCGGCACUACCAUCACUGGCAUGAACACGACCUUCGCCGAGACUACGGAGAAGUUGACUGGUGACUCGGCCACUGUCUUCACGAAGAUCGAUGACGCCACGGCCAAGAUGGAUGAGAAGCAUGAGGACAACAAGGUCGAACAUCAACUGACCCGCGACGAGGUUGCAAAGGCCAUCACCUCCCUCACCGUCAUGCAAGACGACCUGACUGAGAAUCAUCCUAAGUUCAUGAUGACCCUUCAAGAGGUGCUUGCCCUUGUCACCCAGCAUUACGAGCAAUCUAAGGCUACGGAAGAGGCUGCAAAGGCCGCUCAAGAGGAGUCCAAGGCUGCUGCUGAGGCCGCCGCCGCAGAGGCAAGGGGCCGUGCAGAGGAGCUCAAGGAGAGCUUCUUCUCCGGUCUUCCCGCCCUUCUCCCUCCUCCCCCAGAACCGGUCGAGAAGUACGACGACUCUCCGGUCAAGGAAAAGCUUGACCAGCUGCUGGGUCACGCGGCUGAUGCCGAGAAGUCCGCAGCUCAGCUCGAACGCCUUGAUGAGAUUCACCAGCAGGUCAUGGCCACCGCAACAGAGGUCACAGAGUUUGUCCAGUUCCAGACCAAGCUCAUCACCGAAGGUCAUGAGAACAAGGAGAAGGAGGCCGAAGAGGCCGCUAUCCUACUUGAGCGCCGCCUUGUCCAGAAGGAAAACAUUGAGAACGACAUCCUCAACCUCAAUGACGAGAAGGACACUCUCCGCCAGCAGGUGGAGACUCUUCGCCACGAAAAAGAGAUGCUCACAAACCAGAAGAUGCGUCUGCAUGCAGAUGUGUCUGCUCUUGAAAUGGCUUUGAACAUCCGUCGCGAGGAGCUCCAGCACAUGGAGCACAAGGCGGACUCGUUGGAGCGCCGUAUUCUCAACGGAAUCAUGGACCACUCUCGUGCUCUACUACUCCAGAAGGGAGUCAAGGCACCCAGGAUCUCCCGUGCUCCCAGCAACGCUUCUCCGGAUCCCUCUUCUAUGGCGCCUCCCAGCGCUAUGGCCAAGGGUGUCAACAUGGCUUUAGGUGCUCGCGCAGCUGCCAAGCGUAACGGAGCUGCCCAGGCAAACCCGCAAUCGCGCCGCAUCCUUUCCCUCAGCCAGAUCAGUGGAAACACGCCGACAGGCACGCAGAGCUUUGCUGGCGCGCCGAACACAGGCCUUAAGCGCAGUCACUCGGUCAAGACUAACUACGGCUACCAGAAGCCUUCCUGGAGCUCUAAGCGCACUGUUUCCGACGCCAACAAGGAGAACGAUAUUCUGGGCGAGGAGUCCGAGGAAGAAGAGAUUGAUGAGAUGAGCGACGCCGGUACCGAGCGCCACCACAGCAUCGUCAGCGGGCACGGUAGCGAUGGCGAGGAGUUCGCCUCGACCUACGACGACAGAGGCUCGGAUGCUGGCUCUGAGUAUACCUACGGCACGGGUUCCUAUCUGAACGGCACGGUCAGCCACGCCGAUCGCCGCACCAGCAUCGGCACCAUGGGCAAUGGCACGGCUACAGUCCACGAGGACGACAUCUCGGAUGAGGAGGAUGGCGAGAGCCAUUACAGCGAAGCCGCUGAGGAGGACGAGGGCGAGGCCACUGAGAUCCCGCGCUACGCCGAGUCGGUUUCUGGUAGCUCGGUCGCUAGCGGCACCAUCAGCGAGGCUCCCACCGCCAGUGAGGCUCCCGCUGCUGGCGAAGGUCCGGCUGCUAGUGAGGCCCCCACUGCUAGCGAGGCUCCCACUGCUAGCGAGGCUCCCACUGCUAGCGAGGCUCCCACUGCUAGUGAGGCUCCCACUGCUAGUGAGGUUUCCGCUGUCACUGAGGACUCGACUGUUACUGAGGACUCGACUGUCACUGAGGGUCUGGAGGCUAGCGAGGCCGCGACUGGCGCUGAGGCUCCGACCGACAGCGAGGUUUCAACUGGAAUUGACGAGCAGCAACAGAGUGAUCUUGUUUCAGACGCUGGUACCAAGGACGUGGAGCCCCCCACCACGGAGAUCGACGCCACGCCCCCGGCGCCUUCAGAGCUGCAGGAAGCAGAAGACGUUCUGUCGCCUCUAGCGGCGCCUCCUGCUACCAAGGAAAUCUUCGGCCCAGGCACGCCCAAUGACAGUGCUCUGGGAUCCGAUCUCCCGACUGCGCAGCUGGAGGCAAUGGAGGGUGCGGAUUACUUCAGGCGUGUGGCUGAGGAAGAGGCGAGCCAGGUCAGUUCUGCCUUGCAGUGA